AGUCGUUUUGUUGAUGCUGCUGCUGGAUCACAGGCGGAUCACAAAAUCAAUUAAGUUAUGAAAAAUACCAUUAAUUGCCUUUCUUUGUCACCGCAGCUCAUGAAGAAAUGGCGGAUCUCCAGACGUUGUUCAUUUGAGGGCAAACCUUUCGCACCCAAUGGCGCGUAUUCCGACGACAACCAGCACCUCAACCGACAGGAAUAUUUACGUUUUUUAGAUAUACUGAGGAAUAUCUUCCAAACGGAUGACAAUGAGCUGAUGGUUUUGGAAGUCUGCAAGAAGAUCAAAGAGGGAGGCUGUCUGGAAGAUGCCAAGAAAAAAACAACAGAAUCCACAGCCAGUCAAGUUGGAUUCUGAAGAUGGUGUAGCCAUUGAAGCGCCUGGAAACCUCUCCUUAGACACAGACUUCCUUCUCGGACAAGACCUUGAGUUUGGUGAUCCUGAUCGUGACCACAAGAUUCUAGGCCUGGAAAAGUUCUCAGAAGUCGCUGCCGAGAUCGGUUUCUCUGUGUAUCCUCUGGGUGAGGUGAGCCCUGCCUACAGCCAGCUCAGCAUGGAGAGCGAAACAGACAACUCUCGUAGCACCACCGACAACGGGCGGGAAGACGAGGGCGGCGCGGCCCAGUCCUCGCCCACCUUCCCCCCCUACCUGUCCUGCAGGGGCUGCGGACAGCUCCGCGACGACCCCCUGGGGCCGGGCAUCGACCUGGUCGGCCCUUACUGCCUCCGGUGCUGCAAAGCCUCCCGGGAAGCCAAGAGCUCGGACUUCUGUUCCCCUUUCGGAAGCAUGAGCGGGAUCCGCGGCGGGUCCCACCUGCAGCUCGACGGCGACGGCUUGGGCAACGGGAUGGGCGACAAGGCGCUGUCGGCCGAGGACAAACUGGCCAAGCUGCACUCGUGCCACCUCUGCGGCUUCUCGUCGCGCUACGCCAACCACGUGAAGCGCCACAUGAAGACGCACAACGGGGAGAAGCCCUUCAACUGCCCGCUGUGCACGUACGCCUCGGCCCAGCUGGUGAACCUGCAGAGGCACCUGCGCAUUCACACGGGCGAGAAGCCGUACAAGUGCGACAUCUGCACGUUUGCCUGCAGUUCCCUCGGCAACCUCAAGAGGCAUCAGCGCAUGCAUGUGCCCUGUGCGGCCCAUGGGCCGGACGUCCCGGCGCGACCUCCCAUUGGCCAACACAGCCUGAAGAGGCAUGUGAUUGGGCAACGACCCAAUGAAGAAAGCUCUUGUUCUUCAGCUAAGGUUUCAGUCGUUGCAAGGCCGUCUUCAAAUCUGAGUUUGGGAGCCCAGAGCAAUGACUACCUGUCGGCCUUUGAUGGCUUGAAGGGGGCGUCGCCACCACCCAUACCGGCCUCCAACCCGCCUCCCACCCACCCGCCUCCCAGCCACCGUCCUUCCGGCCACCAGCCUCCCGGCCACCAGCCCCCCCCGCUGCUGAACAUCCCAGACGGCGGCGGCGGCGGCAGCAGCAGCCGGGCGACCAGAGGGGGCGUGGCGGACGGCGCCGCCAUGCCCUCGUCUCUCUUCCCCUACACCUGCCGGCUGUGCGGCAUCGUCCUGGAGGACGAGGACGGCUCCUCGGCCCAGAUCUGCGCCAAGUGCACCCUGGAGUUGCUGACGAAGGACUCGUCGUCCUCGCCCAACAGCCCCGGCGAGCGCAGCGACAAGGUGUACACGUGCUCCGCCUGCCCCUUCCUCACGCACUACCCCAACCACCUGGCGCGCCACAUGAAGACUCACAGCGGCGAGAAGCCGUACAAGUGCCCGCAGUGCGACUACGCCUCGGCGCACUUCGACAACCUCAAGCGGCACCACCGCGUGCACACGGGCGAGAAGCCCUACAAGUGCCACCUGUGCGACUACGCCUGCGGGAACCUCGCCAACCUGAAGCGCCACCAGCGGGUCCACUCGGGCGCCAAGCCCUUCCAGUGCGCCGUGUGCAACUACAGCUGCAACCAGAGCAUGAACCUGAAGCGCCACAUGCUGCGGCACACCGGGGAGAAGCCCUACAAGUGCCAGGAGUGCGGCUACACGACGGGCCACUGGGACAACUACAAGAGGCACCAGAAGAAGCACGGCCUGGCCACGGACGGCUGGGUCAAGGUCCCGAUGACCGGCACCGACGAGGACGAGGAGGUCAGGAAGGGGAUGGGACUCGCCGUGGCGAGCCACCGGAAAGAGGCGGCCGCCGACAUGCAGUACAUGUCGAGGGAGGGCGGCCAGACGCUGCACUCGUGCUACAAACUGGAGAUCGCGUGAGAAGGAACUCGGCGAAGAGAAGCUACCAGCAGCGUGUUUUCUUCCACAAAGCCUUUAUAUUGUGUGUGUGUGAAACCUUUUCGU